GAAAAAUUAUGUUCAGGAUUUGAUUCAAAUGGAAUCUACAUUUUCAGAGGAGUUAUUGAGGAUCUACUACCGAAGACUUUUCCCAUGCGAUCUAUUUGCACAGUGGCUUACAUAUAAUUCUCGAAGUAGUGGGCUUUCUAAAAGAGAAUUCAGUUUCACACUGAAUGGUGAUAUCUAUCUUAGAUAUCAAAGUUUUGAUUCGUCGUCGGACCUUAGGAAGGAUCUAGUCAAGCUAUGCCCUAUUAAGAUUGAUAUUGGGGCAGUUUACUCAACUUCUCCGAGGCUUCAUCGUUCAAUUUUAUCUUCUUCACUCAAGCCUGAAUGGAAAGAAUUAGUUUUCGAUAUUGAUUUGACUGAUUAUGAUGAAGUUCGUUAUUGUUGUGGUGAACAAAGUACUUCUGGAUCUUCUAUUUGCCUUCGAUGCUGGCAACUUGCUCGUUUUGCAGUCCUCUGUAUCGACCGUGCCUUAAGAGAAGACUUUGGGUUCCAGCAUUUAUUGUGGGUGUAUUCAGGUCGUCGUGGAGUUCAUUGCUGGGUAUGUGAUCGUUCAGCUCGGCAUUUAGAUCAAACUUCGCGUACAGCUAUCGCGGAAUAUUUAACUUUGGUUAGAGGGGGUAACGGUAAGAAGCCCACACUUACUGCUGGUAACUUCUCAAAAUCUCAUGAUUCACAUUCACAUGGGAAUAUUGAGCCAAUUUUUCAUCCUUGUGUGGAUGCAGCUUGUGAUAUAUUGAUGCCUCGAUUCACAACUUAUUGCAGUACAACAAAUGGUCAAAAUUUAUUCGGAAAUAAAAAACGUCUGGAUAAGUUACUGUCAUUUUUACCGGUUGAGUUAAAAGAUCUUCGUGAACGACUUUUAGAUGAGUGGUCUACCGAUACUCAAGAAAACAAAGAAGAAGUAUCUACAAAAAGAUGGAACACAUUAAGAAAGUUUUUGAAAGAAAAUGGUCGCGCAAAUAUUUUGAAGGAAAUAGUCUUAAAUUUCACAUACCCUAGACUAGAUGUUAAUGUGUCAACAGGUCUUAAUCAUUUACUGAAGAGUCCAUUUUGUGUGCAUCCGAAAACUGGUUAUAUAUGUAUACCAUUUAAUCCACAAGAAGUCGAUAAACUUGAUCCAUUUAAUGUACCAACAUUAAAUGAACUUGUAGAACAGCUUUCUUCUGUAACAAAUAAUGAUCAUGAUUGUGGUAAUAAUGAUGAAAAUAUUUCAUCCAAUGAUAGACAUUUAUUAUCAUUUAAGAAUACUUCUUUAAGGUCUUCAAUUGAAUAUUUUGAGACUUUCAUAAAACAUGUUUUAAAAGCAGAAAAUUCAUGUUUUAAUGUUAAUCAAGCUGAAAGUAAUUCAGAUUCAUUUAAAUCUAUUCCUGUAUUUUAACACUUCCUUUUGUAAAAGAGAUUUUAAAAACAGUAUAUGAAUUAUGUUAUUAGAUUAUUAUUAUUAUUGUUAGUAUUCAAAAACUUUUUUAUUUGUACACUAUGUUAAUAUUUCUGAACUCCGACUUCAUUACAGUCAACAACAUAACUUCUAUCCUCUUCUUUCUUAUCCUGCUAACUAGAGUCAAGAGGAUCAGUUAAGUAGUUGGAGCUUUUUGAUCAUAACCUCAAUGUAUCAAUUAAAAACACACUUAAAUUGAUCUUUUGUAUAUCAAGUAUAAUGGUUAGAAUUUAUGUACUGACUUUUUUGUCACACAGUGGAAAUCAUAGUAAAAAUGUAUUAGAAUUCCAUGAGCAUAGUUCACACCAAACAAUUUAAUGCGACGGAAAUUCGUCUCAAUCGAUAAUGGUUUCCUUUCCUAUAAGUCGUUAUGUCUCAUGGGCGACCGCAGUUGCUUACAAAUUAAAUCAUAUUAAAGGAUAAUGUCUUGAUGAGAAAUAUUGAACAAACACAGAUAAAGAACAAAAUUUAUAAGACAACAUUCUACUGUAGUUAUCUUAGUAAUACAUUUUUUUACGUCUAAUCAUGUUGGACAUCCCACGUGUGUACUUAAUUUUUUCACUGAAGCACAUUUUGAAGUAGAAUUUCUUAUUUAAUAAAGUUUCGCUUUCUAGAUCUCGGGGAUAAAAAUAAUAAGCUAAAAAGGUGUAUCACAAAGGUACUUAUAACUGUUUUGGU